GUUGGAAAAACACAUCAGGGUCUCUCUGUACUCUGGGAUUGCAACAGCACUUGUUUUGACUGGUUUUACUCUUACAGUCUGACUUUAUUCUAACCGGGAUUACCAUCAGACAGCAAACUUGCAUGACCCAUCUGUACACGCUUCCUCUCCACAAUCCAGCUCUAUGGUUCCAUUCCAUCUUGGAUGAAUAAAGUUGUUGUGGUCUUAUAAAGCCUUGUUAUAUACUGUGUGCUGAAGACAUCAUUAACUCAUGAAGCAACUAAUGUCCAUAGGCCAAAGGUUCUGUCCUAUGUUAAAGAAAGAUUCAGACCUGGAUCUGAAAAAAACAGCUGGUCCAUGCAAUGGUCCAGAGAAGCAAGAUGAGAAGAUGAUCUUGAGGAGAGAGAUUUCUCUCUGCAAUGGCAUCUGCUUAAUCGUUGGGAACAUGAUUGGCUCUGGCAUCUUCGUGUCGCCCAAAGGCGUGUUGAUGUACAGCGGCUCGUACGGCCUUUCUCUGGUCAUCUGGGCCCUCGGUGGCAUAUUUUCGGUGUUUGGCGCUCUGUGUUACGGGGAACUUGGAACCACCAUUACAAAGUCUGGAGCUAGUUAUGUGUACAUCCUGGAAGCUUUCGGCAGUUUCCUUGCCUUUAUCCGACUGUGGACAUCUAUUUUACUGAUCGAGCCGGCCAGCCAAGCUGUUAUCUCGCUGACGUUUGCCAACUACCUGGUGGAAGCGCUUUACCCCACUUGUCAGCCUCCGUAUGAUGCUGUUAGACUGAUAGCAGCAGCUUGUCUAUGUAUUCUGAUCUUCAUAAACUGUGCUUAUGUGAAGUGGGGCACUAUGGUUCAAGAUAUGUUCACAUAUACCAAGAUCAUGUCUUUAAUCCUUGUCAUCACAGUGGGGAUCAUUAAGCUCAGUAACGGAGAAACAAAGAACUUCAAUAGCCCAUUUGAGGGCUCCUCUAUGGAGGCGGGCAGCAUUGCUCUGGCCCUUUAUUCAGCUCUGUUCUCUUACUCUGGCUGGGACACGCUUAACUUUGUUACAGAGGAGAUCCAGAAUCCUGAGAGGAAUCUUCCUUUGGCCAUAGCCAUCUCCAUGCCAGUAGUGACGAUCAUCUAUAUACUGACCAAUGUGGCGUAUUAUGCAGUUCUGGACAUGCCUUCUUUUAUGGGUAGUGAUGCAGUGGCUGUUACCUUUGGGAAUCAGGUACUUGGGCCUGUUAGCUGGAUCAUUCCCAUCACUGUAGCCAUGUCUUGCUAUGGAGGUCUCAAUGCCUCUGUUAUAGCUGCCUCAAGGUUGUUUUUUGUGGGUGCAAGAGAAGGUCACCUGCCAAACAGUUUGAGUCUGAUCCAUGCUGAACGCUAUACUCCAGUACCAGCUCUUAUCUUCAAUGGUAUUAUGGGCCUGAUCUUCUUGUGUGUUGAGGACGUGUUUCAACUCAUCAACUACUUCAGCUUCAGUUAUUGGUUAUAUGUGGGUCUGUCCGUGGCUGGACUCAUUUACCUGCGGAUCACUCAGCCUGACAGACACAGACCUGUCAAGCUCUCGUUAUUCUUUCCCAUCGUCUACUGCUUCUGCAGUCUAUUCCUGGUGAUUAUUCCUCUUUACAGUGACACCAUUAAUUCACUCAUAGGAAUAGGAAUCGCACUGUCUGGAGUGCCUGUCUAUUUUCUAUGUGUUUAUCUACCGGAAGAGAAAAGACCUAAAUGGAUUAGUAAAAUAAAUGCUGUUAUCACCAAAUACACUCAGAUCAUGUGCUACUGCUGUUUAACUGACUUGGAUGAAGAGCCAGAGAAGUUAGCCAAUGCUAAGACUCAAUAAAAGGUUCAAGAGGACGUGCCUGGUGCAUGAAAGGAGAAGUACAUAUAUUUGUCAAGAGCAAAUAUCUCGCUGCUUUCUAAAACACUAAGUUAAUAUCUCAUAGAGAUUGAAUUCUUCUGAUAUCUCAGAGACAUCUUACUUAAAUACAAAUGCAAAAUACUGUGUGUGACAUUUGAAGUGUUUUUAAUUACCGUUUUAUUGGUUUAGAUGUAACCUGAUCUUUAAGAUCUGUUAAGUUUGAUCUCUUUAAAUGACUGAAUGAAUUAAAUGAAUUGUCCACCAUGUACAAAAAGCUUUUUUUACAAAGUAGAUUGUGCUAAGGCAGUUUUGAAGUGAGUUUUGAAAGGAAAAUAAAGCGGAAGAGCUGGAAAAAACAGUUCAGGGCAACUGGAUAAGAGGAUUAUUAUUUCAUAUCUGCCAUUUGAAGAAACUGUGUUUUUAGGUGUGUUUUGUUUUUAAAUUAAUGUGAUUUUUUUAUAUUGACUUAAAAUGUGUUUUGAAAAAUA